AGCUCUCACGUAUUAAUUACAUCCAAACACAAAAAUAAAAAGAUCCUCCCGAUAGCUUGAGGACCAUAUAAAAUGUGUACUGAAUUAGAACCAAGUAUUAAACAGACAGUUUGAGUUCAGUAUAAACGUGCUUUGUUUGUCCUGGCAGGAAUUUCUGUCAUGAUACGUUGAUUAAAAAAUUGUGGCGUAGGACACUUGACAGUAUUGACUAUUUGUACAGUGAAGAUCGUAUGCCCAUACAUAUAUAUACAUGCAUAUAUGUAUGGUUCUUGACAUAUUGCAUGGCGUUUAUCAUUUCAAGACACAGUAUACUUUACACAGUGUUGUAGACAAAAGGUCACUGUAUUUUUACACCGUAACAGUACUAUAUAACUAUGAUAUUGUCUGUAAUAUGCAUGGAUAUCAAGACUACAGAAUACUCAAAAUGUGCAAUUUCUCCAUAUUACAUGUUGUUUUAUCCAUGGGACAGUGUUCUAAGAGGAAAACCCCGCACUGUAAGGAUGGGUGCUGAGAGCAGUGCCCUGCCAAGUUGUGUGCUGGAAGAGCCGUUGCUGACCCUGCCUUCUGGUCUUACCAUGUACUCGGCCCUCCUUCGGGAUGGCAAGCCUGCUUCAGUUUUUGUACAUAAGCAAGACAGUGAAGAUAAAGUCAAUAAAGCUGCCAAGCACCUGAAGACAUUAAGGCAUCCAUGUCUGCUUCGCUUCCUGUCAUGCUCAGUGCAGGAUAGAGGUAUUCAUUUAGUGACAGAGCCAGUUCAGCCAUUAGAAAGGCUGUUAGAAAAUCUAACGCCAGAGGAGAUCUGUGCAGGCCUCUACGAUCUGCUGCAAGCGCUAGUCUUUCUGCAUGACAGGGGCAAAUCAAGUCACAACAACGUGUGCAUGUCCUCAGUGUUUGUCAGUGAGGAUGGUCAUUGGAAGCUUGGGGGGAUGGAAACUGUCUGCAAGUUUUCAGAGGCGACACCAGAGUUUCUCAAAAGUGUUCAUAAUGUACGAGAAAACAGUGCCGUUCCUCCUGAAGAAAAGCUAGAAGGAUUCAAAACACUUCCCGACAAGCAAGCCCACUCCCGAGACGCUUUUUCAUUUGGUGUGAUGGUGGAGGCUCUCCUUCCACUCCUGACGGGACAUGUCUCAGAUGAUUUGUUGGAGAGUCUAAAGAACACGCUGCAGGUCAGCCUCUUGACCCCUGACCCAAUGUCUCGCCCGUCUCUCAGCAGUUUGCUGACUCAUAAAUUUUUCAGAAAUGACUUCCUGGAUAUCAUGAAUUUUUUGAAGAAUUUGACCCUGAAAACGGAGGAGGAGAAAAAUGAAUUUUUUAAGUUUCUUUUGGAUAGAGUUCAGAACCUCCCAGAGGAAUUAAUUGCUACCCGUCUGGCUCCUAAACUGCUAAAUUCUCUGGUGUUUGCUGAACCCAUGGCUGUGAAAAGCUUCCUUCCUCACCUCUUACAGCCUAAACAAGACUCUGGUGUAAGCGCCAGUGAGGAGUGUCUGCUGUCUGUCUCUCUGUAUCAGAGAUGCGUGGUUCCUCAGCUUCUUAAGCUCUAUAAGGUGAACGAGGAACAUGUCAGGAUUGUUCUCCUCUCCCACAUUCACAUCUACGUUGAGUUCUUUUCUCAUGAAGAACUCAAAAACCAGAUUCUUCCUCAGGUUUUACUGGGAAUGAGAGAUACAAAUGACUCACUCGUUGCCAUGACACUACAAAGCCUGGCUGUGCUGGUUCCGUUGCUGGGUGCCCAAGUAGUUGUUGGUGGGCAGAGGACAAAAGUAUUUAAAUGGACGAAGCCGAACUUCACAAAGUCCACAGAGGUCACCCCAGAGACAUCGCCUGUGCAUAUUGUUGGACCAUCACACCCUCAUAUCUCACAACCACCAAAGAUCCUGAAUUUUCUCCAUAAGGGCCCAGAGGACAAAAAGGUGGUUCUAGAGAACAUGUCAUCUCUACAAUCAACUGAAAAGACCACUUUCAAGCACACCAUUGCAGAGAGAGCAGUACUCUCCCCAGUCCUUGGCAGGACAUUUCCACUGAAUGGCUUUAGUUUGGACAAGCAGGCUGGUGACAGUACAAAGACCAACAGAGCGGUAAGACCCGAUGAAGACUGGCCUAACUGGAGUGACACUGAAGAGUUGGAGAAAGAUAGAAGUCAAUCAGUCCAGAUCAGCAUUCAGACCACAGACAUCCCAGGGCAGAGCAACGCUGCAAUACAAGCUGCCAAUGGAGAUGAGAGCGAGGAACCCUGGGAUGAUUUCGAGGACUCAGAAGUGAUCUCAGACCAAUCGCCCACCAAUCCUGUACCAAAGACAUCAACACAAACCACUGCAUUAUCUUUGUCUGAACCUAGCACAGGACCUCAAAGACAAACUAAAGCAUUGAAACUGAACUCUAGUGUGAAAAGUGCUCCAGAAAAUAACCAUACCUCAUGGGACACAGGUUGGAACCAGGCAACUGACACCCUUAGCUUAGCAUCAGAGCCCGAGCCAAAAAACACAAUCCAAAGCAGUGGAGCUGGUGGUCUUGGGGAGGAGUUCACCAUUGUAGUGAAAAAGAAACCAGAGCAAGAUCCAGAGCUAGACUUCUUUGCUGACAUGGUCCCAGAUAUAAAAAUGUCUUUCUCAUCUAUUCUGCUCCCUGUGGAAAGCUCAGUCAGUGAACGCAUCAUGGAUAGACCACUGGGACACUUCACACCAGACCCAUCGAUAGACACUCUGAGUCUAUCUGCCAAGUUUGCUGCAGCUGAUAUGACUGAGACUGAAGCAAAAGGUUGGGAUGAUGAUGACCUCAACUGGGAAGAUGAGAGCAGCUGGUGAUCAGUUUGUUCCUAUACAGAAAGCUAUAUGAGAAAAUGCCUAGAAUAAUCCAUACAAAAUACACUGUUACAUAUUCCAUCAUGUAAUUAAGAUGUACAAAUUUUUGUAAUUUUAAGCACUACAUUUUUAGAGGGUAGUGUUUAUUUUCAGUCCCCAUGCAAUAUGAUAAUCAAGUCACUGUUGCCAUAAAAAUGGUUCAGCUACUGUUGACAACCAAGUUGCCAUUUAGUUGUUUCAAGAUAGCAUGGUGGACUUAAACAUGCCAAAUCCUAUUAGGAAUCCUUUUGCACAGGUGGGCUACAUGAUUCUAUUUCCACCCAGUUUUUGUUAAAUGAGAAUAAAUAUAUAGACUCUAACUUGUGUUCACUAGAUUUGGAUGAGAGCCUGCCAUAAUUUAUUUGUAUCAGCAGCUGCUAAAAUAAAGAUUGUAUGGUAUUUGAGACCGACUUUGAGUCCGUAGGCUUAAUGUGUCAAGAUUAAAUCAAACAUU